GCGCUUUCUCUCCCGAAAGGCGGGCGGAGCCGAAAACCAAACAAACGUCUUCUGAGCGGCUAGGGGCGGGGCAGACAGGAGCGGAUUAAUCUUCCAGAACUGAGGCCUUAGGCCGAGUUGGUUUUUCGGUUGUUGGUCGCAUUCGCCGCGCAGUCUGCGGUCGGGCUGAGGCGUGGGGAGCAAUGGCGACCUUUGUGAGCGAGCUGGAGGCGGCGAAGAAAAACUUGAGCGAGGCCCUCGGGGACAACGUGAAACAAUACUGGGCUAACUUAAAGUUGUGGUUCAAACAGAAGAUCAGCAAAGAAGAGUUUGACCUUGAAGCUCAUCGACUUCUCACACAGGAUAAUGUCCAUUCUCACAAUGAUUUCCUCCUGGCUAUUCUCACUCGCUGUCAGAUUUUGGUAUCUACACCAGAGGGUGCUGGAUCUUUGCCCUGGCCAGGAGGUUCAGCAGCCAAACCUGGAAAACCUAAGGGAAAGAAAAAACUUUCUUCUGUUCGUCAGAAAUUUGAUCAUAGAUUCCAGCCUCAAAAUCCCCUUUCGGGAGCCCAGCAGUUUGUGGCAAAGGAUCCCCAAGAGGAUGAUGACUUGAGACUUUGUUCCCACACAAUGAUGCUUCCCACCCGGGGUCAGCUUGAAGGGAGAAUGAUAGUGACUGCUUACGAGCACGGGCUGGACAACGUCGCCGAGGAGGCUGUCUCAGCUGUUGUCUAUGCGGUGGAGAGUCACCUUAAAGAUAUAUUGACAUCAGUUGUGUCAAGAAGGAAGGCGUAUCGCUUACGAGAUGGUCAUUUUAAAUAUGCCUUUGGUAGCAAUGUUACCCCUCAACCGUACCUGAAGAAUAGUGUAGUAGCUUACAACAACUUAAUAGAAAGCCCUCCAGCCUUUUCUGCUCCGUGUGCUGGUCAGAAUCCAGCCUCUCACCCGCCCCCUGAUGACGCAGAGCAGCAGGCUGCGCUCCUGCUGGCGUGCUCGGGAGACACUCUGCCCGCAUCUCUGCCUCCGGUGAACAUGUACGACCUUUUCGAAGCUUUGCAGGUACACAGGGAAGUCAUCCCCACUCACACUGUGUAUGCCCUCAACAUCGAAAGGAUCAUAACGAAACUCUGGCAUCCAAACCAUGAGGAGCUGCAGCAAGACAGAGUCCACCGCCAGCGCCUGGCAGCCAGGGAGGGCCUUCUGCUCUGCUGAAUCAAGAUUUGAUUGGGGAACCCUCAAAAAAUUCACUGAUAAUUGAGAAUUGAAUGUUUUUUGGGGUGCACAUUUCAACUGAAGUGUGUAUGUAAAUAUAAACUUCCUAUGGAAAUAAGACAUUGAGUACAUUUUGUGUUGCUACUGUGAAGCCAUUAAUGUAAAUCCAACUUUCGUAAUGACCCAUCUCUCUGUCUGUGUAUAUGUUUCCAAUUCUGGGAUUCGGUGGCUCUGAAAAGAAUUCUGUGUCUAGAAUGGAGUUUAGACAGCAGCAGCUUGUUAGCCUAUGGUCUGCAUGAGAUAGAUGACACCCUCAACAAAGAAGCCAUUAUAAUUAGCCCUUACAGUCAGCAGGACUUCUGUGUCUUCAUGACAUCACAUGGUUUGUGUCUGGCAAAUCUUAAAAUGUCUUUACCUUGAAUGAGUGGUGUUCUUGCGUUUUGGUUGAAGUGACCUACACAGUGUUAAGAGUCAGGUACCUCCUUUAGUGACCAGUUUAACUUCUAGCCUACAGGUAGCCCCUAAUGUUAUACAACUCCAUAGAAAAGAUGACUUUGAAAUGUUGUGCUGUUCAACAAAAUAAAAGUCCUUUCUUUUGCAUUAAAAAACAAAACCAAAACCAACAAAAACUUAGUCUUUCCAUAGCUUGUUUCUUUUAUAGUUAUGGUGCCCAAAGACUUUGAUUGAUAGGUUGAGCUGUUACUUUUAUAGAAUAUGUUUUAAGAAAUCCCUUUAAACAUUGGAUUUAUACUUGGUUAUUUCCGUUUUCCCAUAUUCCUGUAAGAUAACGUUUCUGUUCUUAGAAAUGAUAAAGUGAAAACUUAAACAUUUGGCAGUGUUACUAAUAGCCAGGUUGGUUUUUGCUUGUUACUCAAGACAUAGUAUAGGUAGGAUUUGGUAGUGUCGAUCAAAGUACAGGUGUACAGGUGUGUAUGUGGUUCAGUGUCUAGAUUUGUGUUUUGAUUUUGUACUUUGAAAGUGACAAAUAAACUUUU